AUGAUAUCAUUACAACAAGCAUUGAGACAGUCAAUGAAAAACUUGACUGUCGCAUCGAGUCAACGGUGGACAUCGACAACACAGAGAUCGGCGAUCGGAAUGAUUCGUCCAUUCGCCUCGGCAACACCAGGUACUCCACUCUCACAGCAACCCAAGUCGCGUAAGGAGCUCUCUGAGACCUUCCUCGACGGUACCUCACUCGUCUACGUCGAGGACAUGUACAGCGCAUGGAAGAAAGAUCCAUCGUCCGUCCACAAGUCAUGGGCAUCGUUCUUCCAAUCCGCCGACUUUGACGCACCAGCCGGCGAAGCCUACAUGUCGCCACCAACUCUGCAGACAAGCGCACCAACUGCCGCCCAACCAACUGCUGCCACUUCCACCACCGCUGGUGGAUCUGCCAAUCUCAAACAAGUUUCAGAGAGCAUGCGUCUUCUCCUCUUGAUUCGUGCAUACCAAGUACGUGGUCAUGCCAUGGCCAACCUCGAUCCACUCAAUCUCAUGGUCAGACCAGAACCACCCGAAUUAAACAUCUCCAAAUAUGGAUUUACAGAGGCAGAUUUAGAUAAACCAAUUUUCGUUGGUGAUGGACUGAUUUCUGGUUUCUUGACAAACAACGCACCACAGACAACAUUGAGACAGGUUUUGACACGUUUGAAGCAAACCUACUGCGGUAAUGUAGGUGUUGAAUACAUGCACAUUCAAGACAGAGAGAUGUGCGAUUGGAUUCGUGAGAAUUUCGAGACUCCACAGGCUCCAGAGUACAAGCACGACGAGAAGGUCAAGAUUCUUGAGCGUCUCGCUUGGGCCGACCAAUUCGAGAGCUUCCUCGGUCUCAAAUACAAGACACACAAGCGUUUCGGUUUGGACGGAUGUGAAUCGUUGAUCCCCGGUAUGAAGGCCAUGAUCGACGACUCUGCCGAGAUGGGUGUGCGUGACGUCGUCAUCGGUAUGCCACAUCGUGGUCGUCUCAACGUGCUCGCCAACGUAGUACGUAAGCCACUGAAGGCCAUCUUUAACGAAUUCAACGGUGGUGUCGUCUCGCUCGAGGGAGAAUACUCUGGAACCGGUGACGUCAAGUACCAUCUUGGAACUUCAUACGACCGCGUCGCAUCCAACGGCAACAAGAUACAUUUGUCGCUCGUCGCCAAUCCAUCGCAUUUGGAAGCCGUAAAUCCAGUCGUCGAAGGAAAGGUCCGUGCCAAGCAACAAUACGCCGGUGACACCGAGCAGAACACUGCACUCGCCAUCAUCUUGCACGGUGACGCCUCGAUUGCCGGUCAAGGUGUAGUCUACGAGACUCUCCACCUUUCGAAACUCGCCAACUACUCUACCGGUGGUACCAUCCACAUCGUUGUAAACAAUCAAAUCGGUUUCACAACCAAUCCAUCCUCCUCCAGAUCUUCAAUGUACUGUACCGACGUUGCCAAGACCAUCGACGUCCCAAUUUUCCAUGUCAACGGUGACGACGUUGAGGCUGUAGUUCGUGUCUGUAAACUUGCUGCCGAAUGGAGACAACGUUUCAAGAGAGAUGUUAUUGUAGAUAUUGUUUGUUAUAGAAGAUUCGGUCAUAAUGAAACUGAUCAACCAAAAUUCACUCAACCACUUAUGUAUACCAAGAUUGGACAACAAACACCAGUUAUGGAAAAGUAUUCCAAGCAAUUGAUCGAUGAGAAAGUAUUGACCAGUGACCAAUACCAACAGAUGAGAUCGGUGAUUCGUGAUGCCUAUGAAAAGGGAUUCCAAGAGGGUAUGAAGUAUACUCCAAAGCCAUCCGAUUGGUUCGAGAACCGUUGGGUCGGUGUAAAGAAUACCACUCAACUCGCCGAAGUCCAGAGUACCAAUAUCAGCCAACCAGAGGUCAAGGCACUAGGUGAGGUCCUCUGCAAUGUGCCAGCCGGUUUCGAGCUGCAUCCAACCCUGAAACGUAUUUUGAAGGAAAAGAAUGAGAUGUUUGAAAAGGGUGCCGGUUUCGAUUGGGCCACCGCCGAAGCUUUGGCAUUUGGAUCGUUGCUCCUCGAAGGUAAUCACGUGCGUUUGUCCGGUCAGGAUGUCGAGCGUGGAACAUUCAGUCAUCGUCACUCUGUCUUGCAUGACCAAAACAACGGAUCCACCUACUGUCCAUUGAAGAACGUCAGCUCCGUCCUCAAGAAAGACGCCGCCGAAUACGUCGUUUCCAACUCUUCAUUGUCAGAGUUUGCCGUACUCGGUUUCGAGCUCGGUUACUCUUUGGAGAAUCCAAAAUCGUUGAUCCUCUGGGAAGCUCAAUUCGGUGAUUUCUCGAACGGUGCUCAAGUGAUCCUCGAUCAAUUCAUCUCAUCCGGUGAGCAAAAGUGGAUGCGUCAAUCUGGUUUGGUCAUGUUGUUGCCACACGGUUACGAUGGUGCCGGUCCAGAGCAUUCAUCGUGCCGUCUAGAGCGUUACCUGCAGCUCUGCGAUGGUGAUCCCAACAAGAUUCCACCACGUGAAGAAGCCGAACGCAAACAAGCUCAACACUCGAACAUGCAAGUCAUCAACUGCACCACCCCAGCCAAUUAUUUCCACGCACUCCGUCGUCAAGUUCUCCGUGACUUCCGUAAGCCAUUGAUCAUGGCAUCGCCAAAAUGGCUGUUGCGUUUGACUCAGUCGUUCUCAUCGAUUGACGAAUUCACCAAGGUCAACUCGUUCACCCGUGUCUACGGUGAGUCGAACCCACAGGAUUUGGUUGCACCAGAGAAGGUCCAACGUCUCAUUUUCUGCUCCGGUCAAGUCUACUACCUCUUGAAGGCUGCUCGUGAGGCCGCCAAGGUUAAGGAUGCCGCCAUCAUUCGUGUCGAGCAACUCCAUCCAUUCCCAUUCGAUUUGGUUGCUGAUCAACUCCAACACUAUCCAAAUGCCAAGGUCAUCUGGUGUCAAGAGGAACCAAUGAACAUGGGUCCAUGGUCAUUCGUCUACCACUACUUCAACUCAACAUUCAAAUCAGUCAACCGUCCAUUCAACCUCCAAUACGCUGGACGUCCAUCCAGUGCAUCUCCGGCUGUUGCUUCACAUUCUCUUCACAAGCUUCAAGAAGAAAUCUUCUUGUCCGAAGCCUUAGGGACCAAAAAGAAUAUUUAA